UUCCAUGUUCUGUGUACUGUGGGAGACCAGAUAUAGUGAAUGCAGGGUCUGGGGAGACCGGAUAUAGUGAAUGCAGGGUCUGGGGAGACCGGAUAUAGUGAAUGCAGGAUUCGGGGAGACCAGAUAUAGUGAAUGCAGGGUCCUGGGAGACCAGAUAUAGUGAAUGCAGGGUCCGGGGAGACCAGAUAUAAUGAAUGCAGGGUCUGGAGAGACCAGAUAUAGUGAAUGCAGGGUCCGGGGAGACCAGAUAUAGUGAAUGCAGGGGUCCGGGGAGAGCGGAUAUAGUGAAUGCAUGGUCCGGGGAGAGAGGAUAUAGUGAAUGCAGGGUACUGGGA